GUGCAGACAGUGUUAGACGGUGCAGACGGACGGAGGGGGAAGCUGCGGCAGAAUAUCACCGCUGAACAGCAGCUGAACACGGACGGACUACCCGCCGGAUUCACCAUGACAACUGAAACGGGUGCAGAUUCUGAGGCCAAGCAGCCGCAGGACACCAACGAGACAGAGAAGGGGAAAACUAAAGCAGCCGCCGACCCCGCUUCACCUCUGAAGCAGCCGGAGCAGCUUCCAGCCGCUGUGGGACACAGCACCCCUGCCAGGAAAGAACAGGAGCCGCAGGACGACGACCAGGAAUCCCACAGGUCGUCCAUCAGUCAUCUGUCCAAGUCUCCUUUAAGAGGAGUGAAGAAGGUGAAGAUCAUGCAGUGUAAAGUCACCCUGCUGGACGGCUCCGACUACACACUCGAUGUGGAGAAACGAGCCAAGGGACAAGUGCUCUUUGAUAAAGUGUGUGAUCACCUCAACCUACUGGAGAAAGACUACUUUGGAAUCACAUACAAAGAUGUCGAUAACCAGAAGAACUGGCUGGACCCUUCCAAGGAGCUGAAGAAGCAGAUUAGGACUGGUCCCUGGAACUUUGCAUUCAACGUAAAGUUUUACCCUCCAGACCCCACCCAGCUGGCCGAGGAUAUCACAAGGUACUACCUGUGCCUGCAGCUCAGAGAUGAUGUGGUGUCUGGUCGCCUGCCCUGCUCCUUUGCCACUCACACAGUGCUGGGCUCCUACACAGUGCAGUCUGAACUGGGAGACUAUGACCCUGAAGAACUGGCCAGCGAUUACAUCAGCGAACUGCGCUUUGCACCCAACCAAACCAAAGAGCUGGAGGAGAAGGUCAUGGAACUCCACAAGACCUACAAGGGGAUGACACCAGCUGAAGCAGAGAUGCACUUCCUGGAAAAUGCUAAGAAGCUAUCCAUGUACGGUGUGGACCUCCACCACGCCAAGGUAACAAGUCACUGUCAAUCUUUGACUGUGUGUCUAAACAAAUUCAUUGUGUUUUAAUAAAAUAAAAAGUAU